UCGAAUAACAGAAAUCAGUUUGUCAAUCUUCAUCUUCCUAUACUCUGCCUUCCCCCUUCUUCUCCUGCUUCUCUUCUCUCUGUUCCCUCUCAAUCUCUUCUGCACUUCUUCUUCUGGUCUCGAUUCUUCUUGCCAAGAGACUACUUCUUCUCCAGGGCGUGACAAGAAAAAGCUCCAAACUAUUGAAGGGUUUGUGAAUUACAUUACGCCGUUGUCAUGUCGAAACCAUGAAAAGCCCCCAAUUUUCAAUUGCGCGCAUGGAAAGGGCAAUGGCGAGAGCUAGUCCCUGUUGGGAGAAGCGGGGAAAGAUGAGUGGGUGCAAGUUUUAGAGGAAGCAAUUAUUCACCUACCUGGUUUUCAGAUACCUGGCCGUCCGUCCGUCGGUCGUAACUUCAUCGCCGUCGGCCUGUGUGAGGGGAGAGGGUUAGAGAGAGAAGUUGAGAUUGGCGAAUAACAAGAAAGCGGGAAGAAAAGGUAAUGUCGUUCGUAACAAAUCCUCUUUGAUGCUUUUUUUUCUUAAUUUGGCAUAAUACGCGUACGCCCAAACUUUCACUCUUCCAAAAGUGAGUAUUUGUUUACAUGAUUGUGGGGGUGCUCUUCUCGAAGAAAUCAGCCCAACGAGGUCUUCAUUUUCUUUCAUUAAUUUUGUUUACGUUCAUAGUAGUACUAAUAGGGUUGUUCAUUUGCGUGGCAAAAAAGAUUUUUGGAUCGAUAGCUCAACAUUUGGUUGACUACCGCUAUUUACUUUCCGACUCUUUGUAAUACCUGUCUAUCUUUAACCUAUCUAUGAAUAAAAAAAGUGAGUAUUUGUUUGCUUGAUAUAUUUAUAAAACUAGUCUUUUGAUCAAUGGUAGACAUUUUACAAUAUAGAAUUUUUCAAAUAUGUUGUUUGUUAAAAAAAAAUUAAAUGGAUGAGUCAUUUAUAUAAUAUAUUACUAUUUUGUCAUUAAGAGUGAUAUGUUUCAUUUUCUUGUUUGCUAUCUUAAUUAUGUCAACUAUGAAAACAAAAAUUCAUUUUGCAACCAACAUGUAACAAAAUAUUUUGGUGUUAGCCAUAUAUAUCUAUACUACUUUUAUUUUUGAAAAAUAAUUUGAUGUUUAACUAUAAUCACAAAUUGUAGCGAAGUAUAUGGCUUUACAACCAAACAUAAUCAAUAUUUGAAAUAGAUUUUUAAAACUGUGACGAUUAUAUUUUAAUUAUUAAUGAAAAAUAAUUAGAAAGUAUUGGGUUUACGAAGAUAAAGGAGAGAAAAGAAUUAGUAAUUUAGUAUUGGGUAUAUGAUAAAAAAAGGAAGGUUGACAUUAAAAGGUGAUGAUGAAAAAAUGAGUCAUUUGUAAAUGACUAAAUUGGGAAUUUGGGGGUCAAUCAUUUACAAAUAACUCGGUUUGUUUUUCUUGGCAAAUAAGUUAUUUGGCGUCAAAUGACCCAUGCAAAUGACUCCUUGGGAUCUUGCAUUCAAAUAAAAUGAUUUUUUUCCAAGUAAUAAUAAAAAGAGAAAGAAUUAUAAAUACAGAAGGAACUACCCAUGAACCCUCUCAAAGCAAUACCUUGGCCAAAUCAUCACCACAUGAAAUCAAAUGAAACUAACUUUAAAAGAGAUAAUGACAUGACUUUACAUGUCACUUUAUGAACAACGCCGUUUUCGGUUCGAGGAACCGCUCUAAACUUUAUACAAUCAGACAAAAUCAACUAACUGAUGACAAUCCCAAAGCACCGCCCCUCUAAGGGAAUCCACCAAUACGCCUAGACGAAGCAAUAAAACGAUUAGCCACUAAUCGUAGGAUCAAUAAUUGAUCAUGAAUUUUACUAAUUAAACCCAAGAAUCGACCUUAUGUUUUUUAAUCAUUUUGAAAAUUCAGACAUCAUUAUUUAAUUUGAAAAUUUGGACCAAAGUUCACAUUAUAUUAUGAUAUUAUACGUUUAAAAUUAUGUAUGAGAUUUUUAGUCAUUUUGAAUAAGAUCUUGAUAUACAUUUCGCUUUUCGCUUUUUAAUCCUGCAACUUUAUAUUGGUUAACUUUGAAGAGCAAGAAGGAUUCCCAGCGAAAAUCUAUAUGUAAAAAUUCAGAUGAUUAGAUACAUAGGAAAUAGGAAGAUCCUGUUAACGUAACAAGAACAAUCAAGUGCAUUAAGCAUGAAAGUUGCAGAUUUGUUGUUGUUGUUGUUGUUGCUAUAGCAGAUAGUAAAUUGAUAUGAGAAUACAAGAAAUUGAAACGUAAAUAUGGCAAUUAAUACUAAUCAACAUGUCGAUAAAAGAGUCUAAUUUGCAUAAAUAUUUCUUGUUUGAUAUGGAAGUUCAGGGGGUGUUUUUGUAAUGGAUACAAAGUACGGUGGCCUCUUUGCUAUACGAACCUCCAAAAAUUGGUAAAAAAGUUUAAAAAAAAAAAAAAAAGAAAGCGGCAUUAUUGGCCAGCAGAGUAGUUUCAUCUCUCUCAUGUUUAUCUGAUCCCCUAUUUCCAUUGCUCUCGGCAGCUGAACGAAAUAGCUUCAGAUGGUAGCGCCAGAGAUCUACGGUAGAGACGACUAGAAUCAGAAGAAUUGUGACCGGCGUUUGGACGGAUCUGGAUUAUACCGCCGGUGAGAAAAGGACGGCGGCGCAAAGACCGACUGUUGCGCCAAGGGAGUGACGAGAAUCGGUGAUUAGCAACGUUGGAAGGAUCUUUACUCUAGGGAACAAUCGCCGGUAAGCCGUCGGCAACGGGGUGAAGGUUACUCUAGGGAACUGAUUGCCAGCGCUAGACGGAGGAGUUUAGGGCUUUACUGAUUUUGGGGUUUUCAAAUCUACGCGGGAACUCAAUCUCAACAAGGUAAUUACCUCACCGCUUUAUGUUCUGAAAGUUCAUGAAUUGGUUCUAACGAGCUCUCUUCCGAAUUGAAGUUCUCUCAUCAUAGUUUGUUAUGUUAUUUUUGUAUGGAGAAGAUAUUGCAAUGAUGAAGAGGGCCUGCUGCAGCUGCGAGUUGUCAACUGCUGAUCGAAUUAGCAACCUUCCAGCCAACGUGACAGAUCAAAUUCUGAUCUCGAUGCCCAUUAAAGAAGCAGCAAAAGCAAGCCUGUGGUCCAAGAAAUGGAGGAACCGUUGGAGAAGCAUUCCAGCACUCGUGUUCGAUCGUAAGUUUGGUAGAAUCCCUCUGGCGUCUCCCAGUCAAGUCAAGCUAAACAAGCUAAUGAUGAAAGUUUACAGAGUUCUGCUGCUCCAUGAUGGGCCGGUAGACAAGUUUGUCCUUUCGGUUCCAGGUUUGAGACCCUGUCCUGAGAUUGAGCACAUUAUUUUGUAUCUCUCUGACAAAGUUACCGAUGAAUUUAGCCUUCGAUUCGGGGAAUGCCGUAACGUGGACCCGCUGGUGAGAAACGUGUCUGGGCUCCUGGAACUGGACCAGUUAUACAGACAUCACUGACUGUUGGAUUUAGCAAGCUUACCGCUCUGGAACUGAAAGAAGUAGCUCUGGACUCGGAUUUCUUUGAGAAAUUCAUCACCAAGUGCCCUCUGCUUGAAAAAUUGACGCUUUUGAACUGUCAUGGUUUUAAAUCUCCUAAGCUUGUUGCCCCUCGCCUCAAAGCGCUUUUCUUUCAUUCUAGUUUCCUGGUAUCAUUUUCCUUUAAGUGCACCCCACUUCUUUCCUUGGUAUCCAUGCUGGAUCCUGAUGAAAAUGACUAUCAGUCUGCGAUUGUCAUUGAGGGUGACGAUAUGGAUAUGGUCAAUGUAUUUGCUUCCCUUCCUGCACUCAAGCAAUUGAAUCUUGGUCUUGAACUUCUUAUAGUGAGUUUGCCUUCUCCUUCUGCUACUUAGCUUGCUCAACCUUGCAUGCCUUGGUGGUUUCUCUCUGUUUACUCAUUCUGGUUAUCUUACUGUGUUUGUUGUAGUCACUUAGGGGCAGUAUCCCCGCCAGGCUUCCUACUCUUCUUCAACACUUGACAGUACUUGAAAUACCAAAGAUUAUUCUGUCUUGUUUGAAGGAUGCGAGGAUUCUUGUUUGUCUAAUCAUGAGUUCUCCCAACCUGCGCUGCCUCACCAUACGGGUAUGUUUUUCUUCACAGUUCUUUUCUUGCAGUUGUGAUCAACUUUGAAUUUUGGAAUUGAAGUGGUUGCCUUAUGGCUUAUACUAUAUGUUCUUGUGUGAUUACACAACCAUUUGGUUUCUUUGCGGUGUUCUAAAUCCGAAAUUCUACAAUCACUUUUGCUAUGCCUGCCUGACUACACAAUUUUGACUUAUUUGGACAAAUGUUCUUAUAGCACGAUAUGGGGCAACAACGAAGUCGUCCAAUAACCCGUAUUAACAGCAUACAGAUGUUGCUCGAAGCAGCGGAACUGGAGCCUUAUGGGACGAAUAGUUGCCUAGGUUGUCUCGAAUCAUUGAACAUUCACAACAGCCUAGGCUGUGAGUCGCCAGUAGAACUAGAGCUUGUGAAGUUUGUUUUAGCCAAAGCCCCGCAGCUUCGCAGAGUCUACAUUAGGCCUAGUCCUGAUAUGGGUUGUUUAAGAGUUGUCAGACACCUAAAAAAGGUGAUUGGAUUCAAGCAUGCAUCGAAGGAAGCUGAGGUUAUAUACGAUUGGAAUGCGGUCUAUGCAAAUAUGUAAGGAAACACACUACUUGAAUACUGCGCUCUACGAAUCGAAACUGAAGUUUGUGGAGGAGGAGCGGGAAGCCAUCAUUUGUGCUUCAUAUUUUCUCUGUAUUGUAUAUAAUGGCACUCUUUGUAGUCUUGUUGUCCCAGAAUAGAGCUAUAAAGUAAUUUCUGACCA